CUGACACGUGGUGAACAGCAGUUUUUCCUUCAAGCAGGUUCUUACUGAAGUGCCUUGAAAUUCAGCAGGCCAUAACAUAUUUUUAUCUGCAAGUUUCCAUUUGCAGAAAGCCAUUAAGGAUAAUCUUACAAAAUGUAAAAUCAUGUGAUGUUGUUGCUGGGGCACUGUAUCAUAUUACAGCCAGAGCUUCACAACCUUUUCUCUUUGCAGUGCAGCAGCACAGCAGCAGCAGCAGCAGGGCUGCAUAAUUUAUCUGUAGGCAUUUAAAAAGAGCACUUUCAGUCAUGUCACUCCCAGCUGAGCAGGGGAGAUGUGCUCCAUAUGGGAACUAUAUUUGCCACACGUUUCAGGGAGGCAGCUGGGCAGACCGAUCCCCUCUUCAUGAUGCUGCCUUCCAGGGACGCCUUCUCUCUCUGAAAACCUUGAUUGCACAGGGUUUCAACGUGAACCUGGUGACCACGGACCGUGUGUCUGCUCUCCACGAGGCCUGCCUGGGUGGCCACGUGGCCUGUGCCAAGGUGCUGCUGGAAAACGGUGCCCAGGUGAAUGCAGCCACCAUCGACGGGGUCACUCCCCUGUUCAACGCCUGCUGCAGUGGCAGUGCAGCCUGUGUCAGCAUGCUGCUGGAAUUUGGAGCCAAGGCACAGCUGGGGAACCACCUGCCCUCGCCCAUCCACGAAGCAGUCAAGAGAGGUCACAGGGAGUGCAUGGAGACCCUCCUGGCCCAUGAGGUUGACAUUGACCAAGAAGACCCACAGCAUGGGACCCCUCUGUACAUGGCCUGCACGUACCAGAGAACAGAAUGUGUCAAGAAGCUUUUGGAGCUAGGAGCCAAUGUGAACGUGGGGAGGCGACUGGACACCCCCCUGCACGCGGCAGCGCGCAAAUCCAGCGUGGAGAUAGUUGUGCUGCUGACAGACUAUGGUGCUAACCCAAAGUGCAGAAAUGCUGACCUCAAAUGUGCCCUGGAUCUUGCCACACCCCACAGCAAAGUGGAGCAGGCACUUCUGCUUCGGGAAGGUCCUGCCAGCCUGGCCCAGCUGUGCCGGUUGUGCAUCAGAAGGCAUCUGGGUCGGUCGUGCCUGCACACAAUCCCCAGGCUGCACCUGCCCGAGCCACUGCAGAGCUUCCUCCUCUAUCGAUAAUCUGGGGCUGCUUGGGACUGGAAAAGAAAGAGGAACAAAUGGUUGUUUACUCCAAGAUUAUUGUAUCAAAGGAAAAAAAAAAUCAAAGGCAUCAUUUACUGUCUUCUGUGGCUACCAAACAUUGGCUGCUAUAUGACAGUGAAAAUUGAAAACACCUUUUCACAGGCAGUGAAUGGUAUCAUGGAUACAGUUCCCUCACAAUCUAUUGCCACAUGGAUUCACACCAGCCUGAGAAGUUCUAGAACAUAAACAGCUCACUUGACAUGUUUUUGUAGGUGCAAAUACACACGUCCACUCACCCAUUUAGGCACAGAGAUAUCCCCUGUAUUUAGGGCUAUAUUUAUUUGUGCAGUAUCUGUGCAGCUUCUUCCCUUUGUCUGUCCAAUCUCAAUGUCAAAAUCAAGGCAGUGGAUAUUUUUCUUCCAUUAGUAUGUGAAAGUGAAAGCUUUCAGUGACAAACAUCAGAGGUAUACAAUAUACUGCACAUCUUUUAUCAGCUUUGAUUUUGCAUCCUCUCAUCUCCUUCCUAUUGUCUGCUGCAGCCCUAUCAAUUUCCAGUAGUCUCUGGCUGUCCAGCCACUGUACAUCUCUGAGCCCUGAGCACAGCUAUCCCCAGUGCUAACACAUCUUGUCCUUGGAGGUACAAGUGAUGCUAUGAAAGCAAGUGCGGGGGUUUUGAGUAAACCCACAAAACUGUGUGAAAGUCUUAAAAAAUCCUUUCAUCUCUUCCAGAAAAAAUCCUUACGAAGUUAUGUCACCUGAGAUCUGGCUGUAUUCACUACAUGAACAUUUUUUCAUAGCUUAAUUCCAUGACAGAACUGCAAAUGUUUUUAUAGGCAUAGUAGGUGAUAUUUCAAUGUCCAUCCUUUGCAAGGUUUAAAGAAAAACAAAGGAAAUAGUGCUCCUUUUUUUUUUUUUUUGGCUUUGUACGCUUUGACAUUUCUCAAGGUAAGUCCUUGGACUGUGGAGCUGGAGAGAAGCAGGGCACUAAAGAUGAUUGUGCAUCACCCAAAUGUUGUCCUUGUCUAAUUUUCCUCACCAGGAGUGGUUUGCAGCCUUGUUUGCUCCCUUGCCCCCUAUUCUAGAGGCUUUAAUUACUUCCCUAGAAGAAAAGAGUUUCAGAGUGUUAUAAUUGUCCAUUGUGGUAUUAGUUUAAAUAAUGUGAGGAUUAGUAGCUUGGAAACAGCAGGGCUGAAAGCAUGCACCUCUUUGAGCUGAAAAAUGUGGUGUACAGUGACACUUGCAGUGCCUGUUUGACUUUGUAAAGAUUUGUUUAUUUUUCUUGGGCAGGUUCUUCUGGGGGACAAAACACUUCUUCAGAGCCAAGUUUUGGUAAACUUCUGCCAUGAGACAGGCAAUGGUGUUUCACUAGUUGUAGCAAAAUGGGAAGCAGAAUUAAAAGGACUCUGUCUCCAGCCUGUUCAACUUCACAGGUCCAAGAGGCUGCUGACACAUUUUCAGGCUGUGAAAUGUACUGGUUUCUUUAGGAGUUAACCAUGCUGGCACCAAUUUUCACUGCCCAUACAUCUUAAGUCAGAGAGAAUUUGCCUCCUGGAGUCUGGACACAGGACUGGCUUCCAACAGCAUCCAGGCUCCUGUUCCUGCUCCAGCAGCAGCAGUCUCUGCUUCAAUGCUAAUAAUCCCUUAAUGUCACCCUGACAGUUUUCUGAGACAAAGGUCUAAUGUUUCCCAUACUUCUUUAUGAUUAAUUCAGCACAAGUAAGAUAAACUGAGCUCUCAGCAGCUCAUGAGACUGGACCUUCAACAUUACAGCCAAAAACGGAUGCAGUUCUCAGCCUGUGUUUGCACAUAUUGAAUGUUAUCUGAUGGCAAGAGCUAUUGCCCAUAAAGUUGUCAGUGACAUCAUUGACCUUGUAUGGUAUAAUACAUCAUGAAACUCAGAGAUUUGAGCACUAAAUUCUCAAGAGCCUUUGAAAAUCAAAUACUAUCAAGAAAGAAACGUCUAUAUUAAUCUGAUGUCAGCAGGUCCCUCUCAGUUCUAUCUUUACUGCAAACUCAUCUGCUCUGCUAAUAAUGUGGCAGUGAGAAUACAAUCUGCUCUCUAAACAGAGACAGAGGCUCAGCUGUGUGAGUUGUCAGACUUGCACUGCAGUCGGGGACUAAGGCAAUUUAUGGGAUCCAUUUCAAAAUGUGUAAUGCUGAAUUGAUUUCCUUCUGUGAUCAUCAAUGAAAGCAGUAUUUCACUUGCAUAGGAUUUUAAAUUGAAAAAAUGUAUCUCCAUUAAGAAAAUGCAGUCUACUCAGCCUCUCAGAAAGUUUUAUCUCAAGAAGCAGGAGAAGGUGCCCUAUAUUUAUUCCUGAUAUUAGCUUCCCAUCAAAAAAUCACCUUACCUUUCCUUCUUCCUGGAGACUUACUUCUCUCUGAAAUUCUGUAUAUCAGAGAGUCUGACAGCUUUAAUAAAUUAGAAGAGAAGUUCAGAAGUCUCCUGAGAUUAAGAAAUUUCAUUAGAAACUUUACCUAGACUUUCUUGCUUUUACCUCAAAUUAUGAAGUUACUCAUUUAAUUCUCAUUGGCUGUGCUUUGUGUCAUAACAAUGCAUGGAAGUACUGAGGAAAUAGCUGGAGGAAGUAUUUAAUUUUUUUUUUCAAAAAUGCCAUCUCAUGUGACGAUAAGGAAAGACGGGGACAAUUUUCUAUGAGGCUAUUGAGUCUUGGUGAUUUUUCAAAAUGAGUUUGGAAAACAUCUGUCAGCUGCUUUUCUGAAGGUAGGAGAAGGGAAAUUAAUCUCACAAAGUCUCUUUUCUUUAAAAAGUGGUGUCUGUCAUUCUAGGAUCAUUAAUUAAAAAAAAAAAAAUCGGUUGUUUGGGUAAGGUAUGGUUUGCCUGGGGACAUUUUUAUGUGCUGCAAUUCCACUGCUAUACAGUGCUCUCUCAGUCUCCUGCCCAAAACCUGGCUCCACGGGUUUCCCUGUAGCUUGAGAUUAACUUUUCUCUGCGAGCAUUCUGGCCAAUGGGCCACGUCCUCGGGGACAUACAACAGUGAGCAUAAAUAGGCUGACACAUUCUGGGAGGGCUUAAUAAACAGUAUUUCUUAAGGUAGCUAGGAAAAGAAGUUUCAUUCUGAUUUGGCUCCAAAAAGAUCUGUUUUGAUCUCCUGACCAGCCUGCUGGGUUCAGGGUGAUCUCUGUUCCUACAGGACAACUCUGCUAUUGGCAUUAACCAUCCUCCAUCCUCUUUAGGACUCAGCUUUUCACAGCAGAUCUGUCAACCCCUGAAUUUCUGUCUGUCCAGUUGAAUUUGUCAUUCACAGGGUGAAAUUAAAAAGUGUAGGGAAAUGCUAGAUUGUUGAAACUUGUUAUACUGUAGGAACUGAAAUUCCCCUCAUCUGCCUUGAGGUGCCAACACCCACCUUCCCAGGCAGAUGCAGGUUGUGAGGGAGGCUGUCUGUCUGUCUGUCUGUCCACCUGUGUGCUCUCUCCUUUGGUGAUGGGAGCUGCCUGUGCCACUUUGGGCAGUGGGAUGGGAGGAUCAUCUUCUGACUCUGUCUUCCCCCAGGGAACUUGAGCCUGGCCAACACCCUCCUCAAGGCAUUUAGAUUUCUGCCCUCCACACAAGUUAGAAAUAAAUGCUGUGUUGCCCUGUGCAAACCCUGCAGUCCCCUCUGUGCCACUCCACGCCCUGCACUGCUGCCAGCUCUGCAGGACAGCAGACACAGGGGCUGCCCAGCACCUUCCUGUCCCAAGCCUGACCUUCUCCUGAAGCACAACCCUGCUGCUGGAAUUUAACACCCCUGCAAUCUUUAUUGGAUUGAAAAUGCUGAUGGUGUGUCCCGCAUGGCAUUAGGGCAAGUCUGAUAAGAAUGAAAAUUAAAUACAUUCACUGACUCUCAGCUGAAAAAUCUGUCUGAUCUGUAUCCUGGGGUGAUGGUUCCUGAUGCCUUUGUGUAAUUUUUUUUCAGAAAUCACCAUUUCCCACAUGCCAAUUGCUCCUCACUGUGUUUGUUUUGUUUUUUAAUAUUCUGCAUGAUGUAUAAUAUAUUAUUGUCAAAUACAAAUUAUUCCACACUGAA